AUGCUUUGCCACCAUGUCAACGUUGUUUAUUCCAUUUUCAAGAUUGAUAUGGUAAGAUUACAUAUGUUGCAAAUUGGUGAAAAUCCAACUCGAAACCCACCUCUCCACCGGGAGUUGACAAACCUUUUCACCAGAAAUCAAACAUAUCAUCAAGAUUCCCUUGCAGAGGAGUAUCGGUGCAUCAUGAAAGGGAUAUUCGGAACUUUGAUGAAACCUCUUCAUGAUGUAUCUCCUGGUAUCCAUUAA